AUGACCACCGACAGCGAUUUUAGCCAUAAUCUUGGCGAUAGAAAUUGCUGCUUAAUUACUUCCGAUUCCGUGCACUUCAAUCUUGACUACCAGCUCCUAUCAAACACCUCAGCCUUUUGGAACAGCUUGUUUGAUCUCCCGCAGCCAUCUAACGCCGGCGAUGACAGAGUUAUCCACAUGCAUGAGUCUUCCACAGAGCUCAAACCGUUAUUGCAGAUAAUCACAAAUCAAUCCAUCGAAUUUAAAAACAUCGAUCAUAUCAAAUCCGUCAUUUGUUUGGCCCUCAAAUUCGACAGCGAUAAGGUGCUCAACAUGAUGCGCGCUGAUCUGCUCUACCAUGCUUUCAGUGAGCCAUUGAGAGCAUACGCUGUGGCUGCCAAAUUGGGCUGGGAAGGUGAUGCUGUAAAGAUAUCUACCCUGACGCUCGAAUCUGACAUAGAGAAUCUCAGCGAUGCAGACGCUGACUCUAUGCCGACACACUACUACAGACGUCUUGCCAAGUUACACCAGACUAGGCAAAUGGAGGCUAGAAGAAUUCUCAUCGCACAAGAUCUUAUGAUGUCAAAUAAGCACGAGGGCGAUUACGAUAGAGCUGCACAUGUCGAAUGGUGGAACUCCAUUCAGCAGGCCAUGUUGAGACGUUUGGAUGGCUCACACGGCUCAAAAUCGUUCAAGUUCCCCACAACGAUCCCGUACCUCGACUGCGUCAAGAACAAAGCAUAUGUCGACGGAGAUAAGGACGUCCUCAGCUUUCGCGGUCUCUAUCUCAUCUACCGCACAAUGGAAGUCGUGGAGACUGCGUGGAAGGAGAAAUUACCCAAGUCCAUUUAA